CAGCAGAAAACAUCAUUCACAAUGUCCUUGAGAAGAACAGGCUCUUCUAGUAUCAACCUCCCUCGAGAUCUGUUGAAAGACUUAUCAAUAGAGAGGCUAGAGGUGCUCGCAAACAAAGAAGAUGAAUUUGUUACAUUUUUCAGCCAAUUAGAGCUUGAUCAGAUGAAGGAUAUUCAGAGAAGGAGAGAUGAGAUAACUAAUGCUAAUCGCGAGCUCUCUCUUGCCAACACUGAUAGGAGGCCUGUCUUUGAACAGAAGAAGCAGGAGUUGAUUAAUGGCAGCCUCAAAGCAUCAGAGCUGAAGGAGGAGUAUGACAGGAAACACGAACAAUUGAAGGCACUCAGUGUGAGUAAGGACAGACAAGCUAUAUAUCAAGAGCUCCAACAAGCAGUGAAAGAUGCUGAAAAAGAAUCAGAAACGUUAGCUGAUCAAUAUCUUGACGGCGUUAUUAAAAUGGCUCCAGACGAAUUCAUCCAGCAAUUUCUCUCUGAUCGCUCAAUCUAUUGGUCGCGUAGAGUCAAGUCCGAAAAAAUGGACGUCAUCAUGAAACAGCCGCUCCCAUAUCCCGUGGCGACGCCCAUUCCCCAGCCGCCAAAACCAGCUCCAUUUCAGCCACAGCCUCACUCCUCGAUGCCGGCUCCGGCGUACAACCCACGCCCCACCAGUGGUCCAUUGCCACCGUCCUACGCAUCCCUCAGUCCUUCUUAUAACAACCCUGUCCACUCCAUGGCCUCUUCUUAUAACCAACCACCACCGCCUACCUCAAGUAUGGCCGCUCCUGUUCGUCCCUCUUCUAGCAUGCCAAUGCCUGGUAUGGCGCCAUAUCCUGGACAGCAGCAGGGAUAUCCCACGGCUAGUUUUCGUCCCUCAUACCCGCCCCAUGCUCCAGCUGGCUCUUAUAAUCCAGGGUCGUAUGGAGGCGGCGGUAUAUACCAGCAGGGUCCUUAUUAUCCUAGGCCUAGGAGGCAAUAGGAUGAUGGAGUGAGGGGGUUGUUUUGGGUAACUGCUACUGAUUUAGAAUUAAUAAUAAUAAUUAUUAUUAUUAAUAAUGAUUAUUUAUUAGUAUUAUUGUUGUCAUUGUCUGUGUUGUUAAUUUAAUUAAAUAAUAAUUUAUAAUGAAUGAUGCACAAUGUGAACUAGUGGAGACUGGGCAAUGAGACUAAAAUUGUGAACAUAAUAACUAAUAUUUUUGAGACAGAAGAAAACGUUUUCCUCUCUCAA